AAGAAGAAUUAACGCGCGGUUAUUUGGACUGUUUACCUUCUGCAUCUCAGCGGACGGCUACGACCAAUCUUCUGUAAUUGUGUCCUCAUCUAUUUAUCUAUUCACCAAACACUUUGAGCAGUGUACCGUCUCCGAUGCUGCUUUGAGGUACCUGGACGACAUGGAGUCCGCAGAGAACCGUUUCGCCCAUCUGUUGCAACCGAUCCGGGAGCUCACCAAGAACUGGGACAUCGAUGUGGCCUCGGAGCUCAACGACUAUCUGGAGGAGCUGGACGAGAUAUGCAUCGCUUUUGACGGAGGGAAGAUCCAGUUGAAUUUUGCGGAAGCAGCGCUUCUCAUCCAAGGAUCGACAUGCAUCUACAGCAAAAAGGUGGAGCUUCUGUACAGCUUGGUGUUCCAAACGAUGGACUACAUCAACGACAAAAAACAGAGGCGGGACAAGCAGGCGGGAGCAGCCGACAAGGAGGUCGAAGGCGACCACGAAGCAGACGACAACGACGACGGAGACUUCAUGUACCAAGAGAUUGACUCCAGCACUGCCGACAUGUCCCAUGAGUCUGACUCCACCACGCCGGUGCACGUGGCCCCCCUGGCCCCGGAGGCCCUCAUCCUGCCCGAGACCCACGAGAAGCAGAAGCUGCCCCUCAUAAGCGUCAAGGGCGAGGUGCUCGGGAGCCACAAGGACUUCCGCAUCAACACCUACAUCCCCGGCGCCCAGGACCUCAUCCUUCUGACCCACGGCCUCGCCGCGUUCACCGCCGCGGAGGGGGGCCCCGACGCCGGGGGCCACAACGCCGGGGGCCACUCCCUCAGUCAGCCACCGCAGGAGGAACCUGUCGACGUGACUGCAGCACCAGAGGCCCCCGGGAACCACGUUGCCGAUGGCGACGACGACUUCAUGCCCCUCCAGGACCCCGGAGAGGAGAUGGACCAGACGCCAGAGGAGCACAUCGAGAGACAACAGGCCCCCAGCGAAGGCAGGAUGUUGCGGGAGCGACCGAACCCCCAGGCGGCCCAGAAGGAGACUGAGGAGCGGAGCAAGGGCCAGCAGGAGAGGGCCAACGCGUGGCAGCUGCAUAACCCCUAUGACGUCUUCGCCGUGGACAAGCCUCUUAAAACGGGGAAGUGCUACAAGGUGCCUGACGGGCUGAACGACGGCGGGAAGAGGAAGAGGAAACGUCCGGACGCGCUCCAGGACUUCAGGAGCUGGUUCACCGGCCUGUUUAAUCCCCCGGAGCACAAGCUAAAGGGCGGUCCGGCGAGUACAGAUCUGAAUUACGUUUACUUGAGCAAAGUGAAGGAAAAGAUGAAGACGAGGAAGAGGAUCAACAGGAAAGCGGGGGUGGUGGUCUCAGACGAGGAGCUGAGGAGAACCUUCCUGCAGCCGGCAGGAGAAGGAGCUCAGAGGGGGGAGGGGGAGGAGGAGGACGGCCCGGAGGAGAACCGCCUAGACCUGCAGGGUGGCGAUGACGACGGCUCGGACAACGACCACGAGCCGUUGGACGACGUCCCCGCCGGGUUCGGAGGCGGGGACGACUUCAUAAUGCCAGGCAGCCAGGGGGACGAGCUGAGCUACGAGGACCUCGUCAGGAAGAGCGUGGAGCAGUACCUGGUCAACUCCAAGGGGUACGCCCAGGAGACGGCCUUGUCCCGCCGGGUCAAGGAAUGGGGCGACAAGCUUCGCCCCGACCUCGUGAUGCAGGAGGAGCGGCCGACCUUCGACAUCCACGACUACAGCGACCGCAUCGUGGCGGCGCUGGGCGACGUCGGCCGCAGUCGCUCGCUGGCCUCCGUGGUCGGCGGCCUCGACAACUUCGAGGUCUGCAAGUACAUGCUGGCCGCGCUGCAGCUGGCCAACGACUACACGGUGGAGAUCAGCAGUACCCCGGGGCUGGAGGAGAGUGUGGACACCAUGGGGCUGACCCUCCUCACCACGCACAGGGCCAACGACCGCUUCAAGACCAUGGGGGGCGCCAUUUGAGACCCCCCCCCCCCCCCGCGGGGCCCGAGGCCAGGACACACCUCCACCUGGACAGAAGCGCGACGGACGUCUCUGAAACCCACGAAGGGGAAAUCAUCUGGCAAAAUCUUUGGAACUGGACUGAGUUUACCUCAAAAUGAAUGGAUUUCAUGCGGGCUCAUUAAGUGCUGUUGAUUUAACCUCGAAUGUUAAUCUCCGCUCUUUAUUGAAAACACCACUGUGCUCGUAUCUCGGCAAUAUUAUUAACAUGCAUGCAAUUUUUUUAAGACUUGCUCGGUAAAAGAUUAACCGUGAUGUCAUGUUUUUUUUGUUUUUUUUGAUUUGUCAAAUUCCUUUGCUACGACUUUCCUAUACAAUCUGUAUUGGCCUACAAUGACUAGUUGAAGUUCUUUCCUGAUUAGUAAAAAUAAGUAUAUACAACUGAUCACUCACACACAGGACAGCACACUCUUGACAUUGCACAAAUAUUGUUUGGUGUUUAUGUAUAUACACAAAUGUCAUUUUACAGCCAACAUUAAACAACCAGAACUCCUCAUG